GAGCGUCAGGCCCCCCAGUGCGGCCCCAGGAGUCCCCGCUCCCUGCUCGGGCGACACUGCGGCAGACUCGCGGGCGGGGCGCACCGAGGGCGCAGGGCAGCAGGGGGCGGCGCAGGGCGCGUUGCUAUGGCGCCGGGGCGCGCGUAGCCGGACCCGAGCGGAGCCAGCCUGGCAGACCCAAGCGCAGAGGCCACGGGAGGGCCGGGCUAGCCAGGCAGGGGCGCGUCCCGGGCGCGGAGCGCGGAGCCAGAGCGGGCCUAGGCCGGGUGCCCCUGGCGCGUUCGCAGGAUGCAGGCCAUGGACCCGGCCGCAGCGGAUUUUUACGAGGAAGAUGGCAAAGACCUGGACUUCUACGACUUCGAGCCGCUCCCCACUCUGCCCGAGGACGAGGAGAACGUGACCCUGGCCGACAUCCUCUCCCUGCGGGACAGCGGCCUCAGCGAGCAGGAGGCCUGGGCCGUGUGCCUGGAGUGCAGCCUCUCCAUGCGCAGCGUCGCCUGUGCGUCCCUCUUCCAGACGCUCUGCAUCACGCCCGACACCCUGGCCUUCAACACCAGCGGCAACGUGUGCUUCAUGGAGCAGCUCAGCGAUGACCCUGAGGGUGCCUUUGUGCCCCCGGAGUUUGACGUGACUGGGAACACCUUUGAGGCACACAUCUACUCCCUGGGGGCCACGCUGAAGGCUGCCCUCGAGUACGUGGCGGAGCCGGAGCCAAGGCUGAGCCCCGACCUGGAGGCGCUGCUGGACCAGAUGCAGGCGGAGGACCCCCGGGACCGGCCAGACCUCGAGAGCGUCAUCGCGCUGUGCGAGGAGAAGAUGCAGCUCGCGUCGUCCUGCCGCCUGUGCCGCAGCCUCUCGGCCGUCGGGAGGAGGGUGCUCUCCAUCGAGUCCUUCGGAGCCUUCCAAGAUGUCAGCGAGAGCACCUGGAGGGGGAGACCUGCCCCGAGAAGCAUGGGACCCAAGAGGCAGCCCAGGGACCACAGCACUGGCCCGGAGGCCCCCCUUGCCCCUCAGGGCCAGUCUCAGGCCCCAGAGUGCGACCCCAAGGCCCUGCCCUCCAAGCCUCCGCUGUCCCCCCCUGUGAAAAAUGGAGAGAGCCACAGCCAGGAGGCGCUGGCCAGCCUCCUCCUGGACGCCCAGCGCCCCGCAGAGGGAGGCCGCCUGAGGGAGGUGCAGGAGGUGCCCCGGCUCCUGCCCGAGGGCCCAGAGGCCAGCGCCCUCCGCCUGCCACUGACCAGCCUGAAAAGCCAGCUGCCUACACCUGAGUUCUUCCCACCGGACCCCCAGAAAGCCUUUCCUGAGGGGAAAAAUGACCUUUCCAGCCUCGAGGCCCAGCCCAAGCCCAGGCUGUGGCCGGAGCAGGAGCCAGAACACCAGGGGGAGGGGGCUCGAGGUGUGGGUCACGGCGGAGGAGGGGUGGCCGGCGUGUCUGGCCAGGGCCCCGUGGAAGAAGGCCACCGCCUCAGCGCUGAGGACGCCGAAGAUGCAGGCCGGGCCCCGGGGGUGCUGGGGGCUGAUGAGCAGACUGCAGAGGGAGCCGGGGAGCCGGGAGGUGCAGCCACGGAGCAGGGCGUCCCCCUGCAGGACCUGCUGACCCAGCUGGGCCGGCCCUUCAAGGACUACGAGCUGUGGGCCCUGGCCCACGCCUGCCUCAGCGCUCUGCGCACCCACCGCCAGCACCCAGCCUGCCUGUGUCCGGACUCCGUGCUGGUGGCUGAGGACGGGGCCGUGCUGCUCGGGCCGGCCCCUGCGGAUGGUGCUUCCAACUCCUUCUUUUUGGCCCCCGAGGUUGCAGAGCAGAAGCUGGUGACUGAAAAGGCCUUGGUGUACUGUGUGGCCGCAGUGCUGUGGACAGCGGCCAAGUUCGGCGUCCCCCGAGACCACAAGCUGGCCCUGCCACGCAGGCUCAAGACCCUUCUGCUGGAAAUGGCCAGAUGUAGUGCCCAGGAGCGGCCAUCGGUGGCUGAGGCCAGCAAGAUCUGUGGCAGCUACCUCCUCCAGCGAGGCAUGGACAGCAGGGAGAUUUUAGCCCACCUGAGAGCGUCUACCUGUAAAGUCCACCAGGAGGAAGAGACCAUCAGUCUUCAGAAUGCAUUCUCAGCACUCGAGCUGACCCCCGGUGCGGAGCCCAGUCCCAGGCCCAGCUCAGACAGGCACUCCAAGCCCAUACUCCUGGCGCCGGGAGCAGGUGGAGCCAGGGCCGCACCUGCCGGGUCUCCGGGGACAACAGAGGAGCCGGAGGAGAGGAAAGGCAGGCUGGAUAGGGACGUGGGUGGGAAGAAGGUUCCUGAGGGCCAGGCAGCGGCCAACAGCUCAGAGACUCCUGACCAGCUGGCGCCUGGACCCAAGUCAGGACACCCAGCGCCAGGACCCCCCAGAGAACUGGUGCCAAGUGGGGCGGCCCAGGGCAGCCCCUGCUCCCCAACUCCCACCUCAUCAGUGUCACCCCAGUCUUCUGCCCCAGCCCCACCCCUGAAGGUACAGGAGCCAGUCCUCCCUGGAGAUGUCCCAGGGCCCCCUGCAGCCCACCAGGGCCCACACCACCCGGCCAAGCCCCCCAGGAACAAGGCCCCCAAAAGCCCUGGCCAGGAGCCCCAGAGCUCCCCAGCAGUCCCCCUCAGUCCCUCCCUGGCCGAGGCGAGUCCAGACUGCCCCAGGGGUGACACAGUCAGUCACCCCGAGAAACCCCGGUCAGCAGACCACAAGCUGUGCCUGCCCGGGGUGGACGCCUCACCAGCCCCCCGGAGCCCAGCCUGCCCCUCGCUGCAGGAGGCCACACGCCUCAUCCGAGAGGAGUUCGCCUUCGACGGCUACCUGGACCACGGGCUGGAGGCGCUGAUCAUGGGGGAGUACAUUUAUGCCCUGAAAGACCUCACCUACGCCACCUUCUGCGGGGCCGUGGCUGAGAGGUUCUGCGACCUCUACUGGGGGGAGAAGCUGCUGCAGAGCCUCUUCCAGGUGGUGAACGGCAGGACGCCGCCCCCCACGAGCACUUCAGAGGAGGCGGGGCCACAGCCCGAGGCCUGCGCACCCGGCAGCUGCUCCCCUUCCAGCACGAGGCCCUUGCUGCUCGGACCAGGGAAGGACAUGCUGGUCACUCAUGGGAGCAGAGCCCCAUGCCCACCCCCCUCGCUGUCCGAUGUGGACUCGGACGAGCUGUCCCGGGGCAACUUGGAGGUGGGGUUUCGGCCUCAGAAGCCAGUAAAAGCUGAGAGGGAGCAGCUGCCGGAGGCCACGGGGGACCAGCAGCAGGCAGGGGGCCCAGAGCCGGCCGGAGGGGCCUCGGACUUGGAGGCAGUGGCGCGGCCUGCCCGGCCCAAAAAGGGCCCGACCGCGAGCCUGGGCCCGGCCGCGUUCCAGAGCUGCAGCCCCGGCUGGAGCAGCGCCUUCUACGAGGCCGACUGCUUCGGGGCCGACGUCCACAACUACGUGCGGGAGCUCGCGGGGCGCAAGGCCGGCGGGGCCCCCGACACCUCGAGCCCGGCAUCUCUCCUGGAACCUGAGUGUAGGCAGGAGCUCGAGCAGCAGCUCAUGAUGGAGCAGAGAACCUACCGGAAGACCCUCAAGUUCUACCAGAAGCUCUUACAGAAGGAGAAGCGGAGUAAAGGCUCCGAGGUGAAGACAAUGCUCUCCAAACUGAAGGGGCAGCUGGAAGAAAUGAAGUCCAAGGUGCAGUUCCUCGGACUGGUCAAGAAGUACCUGCAGGUCCUGUACGCGGAGCAGUGGGGCCUGGAGCCCAGCGCACUGCCCCUGCUGGUGAACGUGGCCGCGGCCCACUGCAGCGCGCCCGACUUCAGCCCUCUGGACGAGUCCUCCUCCCUCAUCUUCUACAACGUCAGCAAGCACCCCCGCGGCGGCCGGCAGCGCAAGGCCCGCGUCCUGCAGGCGGGCACGCCGCUGGGGCUCAUGGCCUACCUCUACUCCAGUGACGCCUUCCUGGAAGGCUACGUGCAGCAGUUCCUGUACACCUUCCGCUACUUCUGCACGCCCCAGGACUUCCUGCACUUCCUCCUCGACCGCAUCAGCAGCACCCUGUGCAGGGCCCACCAGGACCCCAGCUCGACCUUCACCAAGAUCUACAGGCGCAGCCUGUGCCUGCUGCAGGCCUGGGUGGAGGACUGCUACUCGGUGGACUUCACCCGGAACGCCGGGCUGAUGGGCAAGCUUGCCGACUUCGUCUCCUCCAAGAUCCUGCCCCUGGACGGCUCUGCGGAGCACCUGUUGGGGCUCCUGGAGGUGGGGGCCGACAGGCGGGCCGAGGGCGGCCCGCGCGGCCCAGACCCGGAGGACCCCAAGGAGGCGGAGGAGGACGCCAGGCCCCUCAACGCCCUCUGCAAGAGGCUCUCAGAAGAUGGCAUCACACGCAAGAGCUUCCCCUGGAGGCUGUCACGGGGCAACGGGCUGGCACUGCCGCUGCCGCACCACAAGCAGCGCCAGUACACCAUCGCGUCCGCCCUGCCCAAGCCCUGCUUCCUCGAGGACGUCUGCGGCCCCUACACCAAGGCCAGCGAGAAGGGGCCGUACUUCCUCACUGAGUACAGCACCCACCAGCUCUUCACCCAGCUGACGCUGCUGCAGCAGGACCUGUUUCAAAGGUGUCAUCCCGUCCACUUCUUAAACUCACGGGCCCUGGGCGUCAUGGACAGGAGUGUGGCCAUCCCGAAAGCCAGCUCCUCCGAGUCUCUGUCAGCCAAGACCUGCAGCUUAUUUCUGCCCGACUACAUCCAGGACAAGUACCUGCUGCAGCUCUUACGGAGCGCGGACGACGUCAGCACCUGGGUGGCCGCAGAGAUCGUCACCAGCCACACGGCCAAGUUGCAGGUGAACCUGCUGUCCAAGUUCCUGCUGGUGGCGAAGCUGUGCUACGAGCAGAGGAACUUCGCGACCGCCAUGCAGAUUCUGGACGGCCUGGAGCACCUGGCCGUGCGGCAGUCCCCAGCCUGGAGGGUUUUACCCGCAAAGAUAGCAGAGGUCAUGGAGGAGCUCAAAGCCGUGGAGGUGUUCCUGAAGAGCGACAGCCUGUGUCUGAUGGAAGGGCGGCGCUUCCGGGCCCAGCCCACCCUGCCCUCAGCCCGCCUCCUGGCCAUGCACAUCCAGCAGCUGGAGACUGGGGGCUUCACCAUGACCAAUGGGGCCCACAGGUGGAGCAAGCUCAGGAACAUCGCCAAGGUGGCCAGCCAGGUGCACGCCUUCCAGGAGAACCCCUACACCUUCGCCCCGGACCCCAAGCUGCAGUCCUGCCUCAAGCAGAGGAUCUCGCGGUUCAGCGGGGCCGAUGUGUCCCUCUUAGCCGCAGACAGCCGGGCCAGCUGCCACCAGGUUGCCAGUGAGAAGCACUCUCGCAAGAUCCAGGACAAGUUACGGCGAAUGAGAGCCACGCUCCAGUGACAGGACGGUGGGUCUGAGCACAAGACCACGCCCAAGGAUGGCACCCGGAGAGAGGGGCCGCCGGCUCUGGCCCCUCGGCACUGCAGGCGCAGCGUGCACCCCCUUAGACUAGGGACCCCCCAACACUGGCCCAGCUGAGGCCUCUGGGCACUGGGACGGGGCAGUGCAGGGCUCAGGCCGCAACCCGGGGAGGUCCGGGUGUUUCUGCUAGAAAAUUUAACAGUUCAAUCUUGAAACUUUAAAUGAAAACAGAGUAAGUUAACGCCCCAGGAUCGGAGAAAGGGCUCUCCCCAUUCUCCACCGGUCCAGCCCACCCCAGCCCCAAGCCUGCCUGCCCGCUGCCCGCCCACACGCAGGUUUAACCCCAUUUCCGUGGGUCUGGCCUCCCAGGGCCCAGCAACAAAGGACCAAGACUGACCUCUGACCCCCACACUAUCCUCAGGUCCCAAGGGGUUCUGAACCCUUCCUUUGGGGCCCCUGAAGCUUCCCAGUGGCCUGAGCCCCAACCCAGCUCACACUCCCACCCCCCAGA